UUAGGAUAUCCUCUUGUAGAUACGAUGAUUCGUGAGCACUUCAUUCAGUGUGAACAUCAGUCAGCAGUCUAUGUGAACUGUGCAACACCAAACGAUCCAUCUUUUAUAAUGCUGCCAUUGAAUGAACUAUUUUCAUCGUUAUCGCCUCUGUUUAUCCCAUUGAAAUUCACUUGUUUCUCAUCUUGUACCGGUGGCAUUAACAGAAGAGCUGUUCACAUCUCAUUCGUGCUUAAGUCGAAUGAACAAAUAAUUGGUUCCGAUGUGAUUUCGUUGAAAGUUUGCGCAUGUCCAUCGCGAGACGCUACGCUUGAAGGAUAUGAGCCCCGACGUAAGUUUUUAUUUUAUUAUUGUUUUAUUGGUUUUUCAUAUAUGUGCAUGAUGAUAAUUAUUGAAACAGCGAAGAAACGUCGAACAGUGUUAUCGAAACGUCCAACCGAAGUGAUUACGAAGACAAUUUGUACGGAAUCCGAGAAGAAGGACGCAACGGAUCGUUUCCGUGAGGAUGAAGAUACGAUAUAUGAAGUGCAGGUGCGUGGCAGACAUCUGUAUAAGUUGGUGUGUUCGAUAAUCGCGAACUAUGAGCUGAGUCGACGUUAUCUGAAAGAGAAGAAUGGACUGGAUGAUGGUGAUGACAAGUUGGAUACAUUGAAGUCACCGUCAACUCCGCUGACGAAUCGAACGGCAAUUAAAACGUGGCUAGCAAAUUUGGACUUGUCGAAAUAUGAAGGCGCCUUCACAAGUAAAUGUCUAUUCGUGAUCGAUGAUCUUGAAGGUGUUAUCAAUAGGAAGUUUUUGCUAUCAAUCGGAGUGAAGGAGGAAGAAAUCGGGCUGAUAUUGGAGUCGUAUUUGUCGUGGUACGAUGUCUACAACGCACAACGUCAAAGCAGUCUUUCAUCGCACAGCUCAACGAUUCGCAUUCAGAGAACACGAGUGAGAAGUUCGACGCUGCAUUUAGAUUAG